AAAUUAUUGUAUUUAUCCUUUAUACAUGAACGCAAAGAUUUCUGUUUUUUCGUUGGAACUCAUACAUACAUAAACAGAGAGAGAUAGGGAUGUCAGAGAAAUUCUCGGCAACGCUGAGACUCGGGGACCUGAAUGAUUACAUAUCUCCGUCACAGGGCUGCGUUGUUUCUCUCAAGGCUAGCUCCACAAGGCAAGACAAAUCACAGAACCUUGAGAAAGUUGGGACUGCCACUAAACCACUGCAAACAGAACCCGUAAAAAUUUCACUAAAGGACUGCUUGGCAUGCAGUGGGUGCAUAACUUCAGCAGAGACUGUUAUGCUUGAGAAGCAGAGCUUGGAUGAGUUCCUUUCUAAUAUUGAUAGGGGGAAGGCCGUUAUUGUCUCACUCUCUCCUCAGUCUAGGGCUGCACUUGCGGUUCAUUUUGGCCUUUCUCCAGUUCAGGUUUUCAGGAAGCUCACAACAUUUUUCAAGUCCUUGGGAGUCAAGGCUCUAUUUGAUACCAGCUGUAGUAGAGACCUCUCACUUAUUGAAUCUUGUAAUGAAUUUAUAGCACGUUAUAAAAUAAGCCAAUCAACUGGUGAUGAGAAAUCUAAACAAUCCCUACCCAUGAUUGCCUCUGCUUGUCCAGGUUGGAUAUGCUAUGCUGAGAAAACUCUUGGAUCCUAUAUUCUUCCUUAUAUAUCCUCAGUGAAGAGCCCCCAGCAAACUAUUGGAGCUAUCAUUAAGAAUCACAUUUGUCAAAACUUGUGUCUUAGGCCAGACGAGGUCUACCAUGUAACUGUGAUGCCUUGUUAUGACAAGAAGCUUGAGGCUGCCAGGGAUGACUUUGUGUUUCAACUAGAAUCUCCAGGUGAUACUCAUGGAAAUACUGGUCUAGAGAUUACAGAAGUUGACUCUGUGUUGACUACUGGAGAGGUUUUAGAUUUGAUACAGUCAAAAUCAGUAGAUUUUAAAGCUUUGGAAGAGUCUUCUCUGGAUAAAUUGCUGGUUAACGUUAAUGAAGAGGGACAUUUUUAUGGGGUUCAUGGAAGUUCUGGAGGAUAUGCAGACACUAUAUUUCGGUAUGCAGCUAAAUUCCUUUUUGGGAAAGAAAUUAAAGGCCCUCUGGACUUCAAGAUUAUAAGGAAUUCAGAUUUUCGAGAAUUGAGCUUAGAGGUUGAGGGUAAAAUUGUCUUAAGGUUUGCACUUUGUUAUGGAUUUCGGAAUCUGCAGAACGUUGUUAGGAAAAUCAAAAUUGGGAAAUGUGAAUACCAUUUUUUGGAGAUCAUGGCAUGCCCUUCAGGGUGCUUGAAUGGUGGAGGUCAGAUCAAGCCAAAGCUUGGGCAAUCUGUCAAGGACUUAAUUCAAUCAUUAGAAAUUGCUUAUACGGAAAACGUUUUGGUAGCUGAUCCCUUUGAAAAUCCCAUCAUAAAAGGCUUAUAUGCUGCCUGGCUUGAGCAACCUGGUUCAGAAAAAGCCAAAAAGCACAUGCACACAGAGUACCAUCCCUUGGUAAAAAGUAUUACUUCUCAGUUGCAGAACUGGUGAGAAAUGCUGUCUCUGCUUCCGGCCUCUACACAAUCGUGUUUUGGAUCAACAUCCACUCAGAAGAACUCUUGUUAUUUCUGGCAUGAGGCAUCAUCUAUCCUAAUGCUUCCUCUUGGAUGUGGGAUCAGGCAGCUCAAUUUUGGUAGAGAUAAUCCGUCCAGGCACUUCUUCAGUACUAUAUAUACCUUGUCUUUUCAUCCUUUUUUUUUCACUGGCAGAAAGAUAUAUAUAUUGCAAGUCAAAUUAUAUAUUUGUGCAGUUCACUUUUUUCUCGUGCGCCAGGGUAGGUAGUAAUAGGUCCACGGAGAUCCCUGCAUGUACUGGCAGUUUUUUUUACUCCUUCCUUCUCUAAUAUUUUUUUUGGGGUAAGAUUUCUAAUACUGUAUAUUCAAAUUCUGAAAAAAUAGCUAUUCCCUGUUACCGUAUAAAAGGUUUAGAUUCUUGACAGCUAAACGUUGUACUUGAUUUUGUAAUAUGGCAGAAAAGAAGUUCAGCAAUCUUGGCUAUUUGUCCUGUGAUUGUAAUCUUGGUGUUUUGCCAUUUUCUGUUCAUC